CUCUCCAAUUGUGUCAGCCGUUGGAGCACCAAUCUUCUUCCAGGCACGAAAAAACAAAACAGCCUCCGCAGCAGUUUGAUUUUUAGUCGGCAUGUCUGAAGGAAGAACUCACAACGCCUUUUUUAAGGGAAAGAAGGUCCUUGUGACGGGCGCCGGAAAAGGCAUUGGCAGGGCUUUGGUGGUGCGUCUGUGGCAGUUGGGCGCCAAGCCAGUGGCCGUGACCCGCAGCCAGCGUGACCUCGACUCGCUGAAGGAGGAGCUCGGCGCCAGUCUGAGCACCGUCUGCGUCGAUUUGGCCGAUUGGCAGGCCACCAGGCUUCAGCUGAAGGAGGCCGUCCAGGGUGUGCACUGCCUGGUCAACAAUGCGGCCGUAGCGCAGCUCGAGCCCUUCCUCAAAGUCUCCGAGGAACACUUUGACCAGUCGUUUGGGGUUAACGUCAAGGCCGUGGUCAACGUGAGUCAGAUGGUGGCUGAAGACAUGAUCGGAAGAGGCCAAAGUGGUGCCAUUGUCAACGUUUCCUCGCAGGCUUCGCAGAGAGCCCUGGCUGACCAUGCGGUUUACUGCUCCACCAAGGCAGCUCUUGAUGCCCUUUCCAAGGUCAUGGCUCUUGAGCUUGGCAAGCACAAGAUCCGUGUGAACUGCGUGAAUCCAACCGUGGUGCUGACGGCGAUGGGUCGGCUGGGCUGGAGCGACCCAGUCAAGGCUGGCCCGAUGCUGGCACGCAUUCCAGUGGGGCGCUUUGCAGAGGAGCAGGAUGUGGUGGAAGCCGUACUUUUCCUGCUCAACGACUCCGCCGCCGCCAUGGUGCACGGCUGCUCAUUGCCAGUUGACGGUGGCUUCCUUGUCACCUGACCGUGGCAAAUUCAGAUAAAGCAGGGAUAAAAAAUUAGGAUAAUAUUGGUUUGCGAGUUCUUCAAGCAAAUUAAAGUUUUGAUUAUUAGA